AAUCCCCUGAGGAACUGAGAGUCAGUCAUUCAUUCAUCCAUUCAUCCAUCCACCUGAGGCUCGCGUGGCCGCCGCCGCCGCUGCUUUAAACCCAGCUGACAUGGAGUGAAAGGCAGGGAACAAGGGGGACAAGUCGCAGCAGAACCCGGAUCUUCUUGCAGCACCGCGAUAUGCGCAACCGCCACUUUGCGGUAGCUCGUCGCGCUCACUUUUUUUUUAACAGCUGAUACUUCCGGUCUGCGAGUGUUUACCUCAACCAUCAUGAAGUGUUUGUUGCGAAAAUGGACUUGAAAAUGCAUCGAUCGCCCUCAUGUUAGCAGCAAGCCAGAGUGUACAGAGAUGGAUGUAGGCCAGGCGCUGCAGCCACGCUGAAACUCCCCCGUGUGCGGCUCGGAACACCUGUCCCGCUGUGCACUGGCACCCCCCAAUCUUCACCAGGCCAAGGAGGAGCGCCGCCGUAACACUGUACGUCCCCAAGGGAUCCCCCCAGAAGAGCAAGAUUUCCAACAUGUCUGAAGUGAGUAGCCAGCUGCCUGCAGACCCCAUCUCUGCAGUUGGAGUCGUCACGUCUCCCAAUAAGGCUCCCGAUGGCUAUUGUGUUGUUGCACAAACAACAGAUGGCUCUGACGCCGACCUGUGGAAGGACGCCUUAUUCAAAUCCAAGGUCAAUCGCUACCUCUGUUUCACCAGAAAAACUGAGCCAGAUGUUGUCGUGGACAUGAAGGUGACUGACAUUAAGGAGGCGUUGCCAGAGGGUUUCACACCUGUCCCGGAAACAUUGGACACCAAGGAAACUGCCAUGAGGAAGAGGAGGCUCUGUGUGCGAAUGAGCCCUCGCACAGCUGCACAGACAGCUGUAUACGAUAUCCAGAUCAUUGCAAAGUCCAAGUACCAUCUUGUUAACUACACGUGUAUAGGUGAGAUUAACAAUCUGGGGAUAUGGUAUCGAACCGGAGAUGUUCCUCAGCAUCGGUCGUCCCAGGAGACGUCCAUCGCCGCCAACACAGAUGUCCCGUCCAACACAGCCAGGAAGACGAUGAGCAGGCCAGAUUUUGAGCUCCAGUGCAGUGGAGGCUACACAAAAACAGCUCUCGACGACGUGCCCUUUGCGGUCUCCGAGAAGUUUCACGGCGACGCCAAGCAGAUACAGCAAGUCAAUUUAAUGGGCAUUACGAUCAAAUCCCUGGCAGAGAUCGAGGAGGAAUUUCACUACAACUUCAUCACAGAGCUGAGCAUCGCGCUGUAACGUUCCUGCACGACUGUCGACGUGAGACACAACCACUGACCACUGAAGGGAUCACUUUUAAAAGAAUGAACACACCAACAAUACAAGUGAUUUUAUUAUUCUGUAU